AUGACUACCGAAUUGGAGUCGAUCGACGUUGUCCAACGGCUCCAUGUCCAAGGAAAAAACCCUCGCAACCGUCUUUUGUCCAUUGCGCUGGACGCCAAAUUCGUAGACCGGGUGCUCGAGCUGUACAACACGUUUCAGACUGUUGUGAAUGAGCGUUGCGGUUCUUGGUAUGUUCGUCCCGAACAUCAGCCUUGGUCUGCCUAUUUCAAAAGCACGGAUGGCCAUACAAACCAAUGGUCUUUCAGCACCCGUCGACUAAACCUUCAUUUGCUUGAUGCUUUUCGCGACAAAGACGGUCUUGUCAUCGUCGAUUCUACACGUCGUGGUAAGCGUACGCCUGAUGCACUCUCUAAAACGAUUCCUAUUUGGAUUGCCACUAUUAAUAAGUGUGUUUUUGAACGCAUCCGCCAUACACACGAAUCCCGAUCCCUUUGUUUCUUCCCACCAUACCUACCCAAGCAGGAGAUCGCUGAAAUUGAGAAACGCUUGGAUGGGUUUGUUGACACUCUCAUAGCCAGCGGUGUUGAUUUGAAACGCUUGUCGGACGCGCUCCAGAAACCAAUGCGUCCACUGUGGUUUACACCUGCCAGUUCUCUUUCACGCGCUGAAUUCAAUGACUAUUAUACGGUGGUUCUAGUGACAGCAAGUGAGCAAGUCCAGUCCGGUUACUCUCGUGAACACGGUUUUCUGUAUGUGCAAGGAGCAGCAGAUGACGAAGAGGAAUGGGCUUGUCAUUUGACACCGUCACUGUACUGGAAACAUCAAGAGCAGCUAUUAGCUGCGGAUGAAGACGAUUUAUCAAAGAUAAUUGCGCAAAUCGUUCAAGCAUCCGACAAGCAACAACACGUUUCAGCCUCCACGCUCUCUCUUUUACACCAAGUCCAAAGAACUAAGUUGUGGCUUGGUGAUAUAUCUUCUCUGAACGCUGCAUCCGUUCCGCCUUCCACAAUCAUUGUUAAUUUUGCCAAAGACGCCUUAAAUGUGAAGGGGGAAUAUCAUUAUCCAGUAAGCUCUGGAAAGAUGGGUGCUUUGAAUUUUAAAAAGGCAGCCAAGGAAAUGCUCAACGAUUUGUAUUCCCGUUAUUCGAUUUGGAGCUCUGCGGAUGCCAUUUUCAUCGUCGACGCAGUAGAUGCCAAGGAAGCUGCCCCUUCCUUUGCUUUGCUUUUGCUUUGCGUCAUGUUCUCGCCCUCUUUUGAAUCUUUGGAAGCGCCUCUGGAGUUGUCCCAAACACGGCUUCAACUCGAUAAAACAAUUAUCCGAAAUCGUCUCAUCAAAAUUAUUGAAUCUUCUCCAAAGACUAACCCUUCUCGAGCCUUUCUCAUCGCCGUAAAUACUCUUUUGCUGAGUGCCUAA